UUAAAUUAUCUUUUCUUUUUUUUUUGUGUGUGUGUUAUAACUUUUUCUUUUUUACUUGAAUUUCAAGUGCAGAAUAUUAUAUAUUAAUAAAUGGUAAAAACAACAAUUAUUGCAAGAGUCUCUGAUGGUCUUCCAUUAGCAGCUAGUAUGGAUGAUGAACAGGUCGAGAAUGAAUUAGCUGAAUAUAAAGGACAAGCAAAGACCAUCUUUAAACGACUUAAUAUGAAUUCUGAACCGAGAUGCUCUAUUGAGUCAGGAAAAUAUGUAUUCCACUAUAUUAUUGAAGGAAGCGUUUGUUAUUUGUGUAUUUGUGAUAAAUCAUAUCCUCGUAAACUUGCAUUUAGCUAUUUAGAGGAAUUGGCUAAAGAGUUUAAUAUGAGUUAUGGUAAUGAAGUUGAUAAGCCUGGAUUAAGACCUUAUGCAUUUGUUAAAUUUGACGUUUUUAUGCAAAAAACAAAAAGAAUAUAUCAAGAUACACGAACUCAAAGCAACUUGACAAAAUUAAAUGAAGAUUUACAAGAUGUGACGCGUAUUAUGACUAAAAAUAUGGAAGAUUUAUUAUGGCGUGGAGAUAGCUUGGAUCGUAUGAGUACUAUCUCUGGUGAAUUAAAGGACAGUGCAAAGAUGUUUAAGGAUAAGGCACGUCAUUUAAAUUUACAAGCAUUAUAUCGUAAAUAUGGUCCUCUUGUUAUCAUUGCUUCCGUCAUUUUAUUCGUCCUUUUGAUUCGUUAUUAUUGGUUUUAAUCAACCAGAUAGGAAAUAAAAAAAAAAAUAAUAGUUUAGUUUAUUAAG